AUGAGCAGUGUGUCUCAAUUUAAUUUUAGCAAUAACAGUGGGGCACCAGGGACCGGGUCUCCAUUUGGUGGCACCAGCACGCCUUCAAAACCCGAAGAUAGCCAAAAACCGGCAUUUGGUGGAUUUGGCUCAGCUUUAGGGACUCAAUCGAGCCAGCCAUCUGGUAGCAUGUUCGGAAAGCCAUCUCAAGGAACUGGAUCAUUUGGGGGGCCGUCAUCUGGUUCAGGGACGCAACCUUUCGGUUCCGGAACCACGAAACCCACCAGUUUUGGCUUUGGAUUUGGUGGUGCUAGCCAGUCCAGUGGAGCCAACAAUGCGAGCCCUUUCAAUUUCACGAAACAAGAAGAACCAAAAAAGGAGGUCCAACAGGCGGCUCCCUUCACUUCAGCCGCACCACAACAAAAUGCGCAAGCCAGUAUGCCUUCAUUUGGUGGUAGCACUGGAUCUACUUCGCUUUUCGGUAAAGGAUUCGCAGCUUCGUCAGGAGCACAGGAGACCACUCAGAAGCAACCCACCGCCUUCAAUUUUGGUGGCCUCGAUAACAACAAAGAUGCCAAAGCCAAUACGCCCUUCAGUUUCGGUACUAAAAAUACUCAAGGUGGUGUUAGUUUCGGUCAGGAUCAGAAGCACGAUAGUGGCACCUCAUUAUUCCAGAGCAGCGGCCAAAAUCAGAAUACUGUGUCCGGUCCUUCCUUUGGAGGGGCCAGCUCAAAUAAAGAAAACGCUUCUAAGCCAUCAUUUGGAAGUUCGAAUGUAGAGCCAAAUGGAAAUGCCUUCUCGUUCGCUAAACCUGGCGAAAGCACCACAACGAAUACCAACGAUGACAAAAAGACGACAUUUAGUUUUGGUUCUUCCGUCAAAGCGGAGAAGUCCGCUGGCAAGCCUACUUUCGGUAACAGCUUACCCUCAGCUUCUGAAAAAGAUGUGAGCAAGUCAGGAUUUUCUUUCGGCUCUGGUGCCAAUAAGCCAUCACUUCCUAUGGGUCCUGACGUCACUGCAAGCAAUGAUAAGAAGACUACCGAAGAUAAAAAGGCUCCAUUCUCAUUCGGUGCGUCCACCCAGAACACUACGAAAACUGACUCUAAGCCCGCAUUUAGCUUUGGUGGUAGUGCGGCUGCCAAGGACGAGAGUAAACAAUCUUCCAGCUUCCUUGCCAACUCUGCUGUGAAAGAGGAUAAAAAGCCAGCGUUUAACUUUAGCUCAAACACUGCUAGUAACGGAGAGGCUAAGCAAGGCUCUAUGUUUUCGUCCCCGAGCUUGCAAAAUGAUGAAUCGAAGUCUGCACCGCUAUUUAAUCUGUCGGGGAAACCUCCAGCCGCCACCAACAAAGACUCGUCAAUCAAUACCGACAAAAAUCCUAUUGCGAAAACCUCGUCGCUUUUUGAUAGUAAGUCGGGAGCUGGCGACCAGGGCGCGAAAGGAUUGAAUUUCGGAAGUAGUAGCACUUCUGGCAGUGGCACGGCUUCAGCGCAGGCAAAGCCUGCGUUUGCUUUCGGAAGUUCAAGUGAAACCAAGAAGGAACAAGGUAUGCCUGCAGGCAGUAUUAACCUUGGAAAAAGGCAUUCUACAGAAGAACAGACCGAAGAAAGCACAUCCAAAUUAAAUAAUGCCCCUGAUACGAAGGAAAAAUCGGGUUUUAGCGGAUUUUCCCUUGGUGGGCCAAAAAAUGACGCUCCGUCAACGAAACCUGGUGCAUUUGCAUUUGGUUCAAAAACUGGGGAUAAAGAGCUUCCAUCCUCAUCAGAUAAUAAUGCCAGUGGCAGCAAGUCAAAUGAGUCCAAGGCGGCUCCUUUUUCAUUUGGCGCUGACAAGGGGCCCGCCAAAAGUGAAGUAGCCUCCAAAAAACCAGUUUCCACAAGCGUCGAGGACUCUCAGAAAAAGAUUGAUAUACAACCUAUCACAUUAGAUAAUAAGACGCUAGACGAUUUGGUAACGAAAUGGACAUCUCAGUUGGGAGCUUCUGCAGAACAUUUUAGCUUAUACGCGAACAAAGUGAAGGAAUGGGACCGAGUUUUGAUGUUGGGAGGUGAACAUAUUGGGCAGCUUUAUUCUGAUACUUUGAUGGCUGAACAAACUCAAAGUCGCGUUGACCAAUCACUGCAGUAUAUUGAAAGGCAACAAAGUGAGCUUGAAACUUUCUUAGACAACUAUGAAGAAAAGGCCGAAUCUCUCCUCUCAGGAGUGUUCACUUCUGCAUCUGGCUCGUCAGGUAACACUUACGAUCAAAAGAGGCAACAAGCAUAUCAAACGGCAGAAAUCCUGGAUGAUAAUAUAACGUCCCUAUCUGCCAACCUAUCUACCCUCAUAACCGAAGUGAAUGGUGUAAGCGAAGCUUUUAAUAAAGCCACGAAUAUGAGCGUCACGAAUGAAGAUGAAAGCACACAGCUAAUCAAACUCUUGAACUCGCAUCUAGAUGCCCUCAAGUCCUUAGAUCACAGUUCAGAAAAUCUCGAAACCAAGCUCAGGUCGCUUUAA